AUGCUGGGCAAUCGGCUUCUCAUGCUCCACAUGGCGUGGCGACAGCUCGAUUUCAGCCUCUCGGCCGGCCUGCCACAGAUUGAAAGAGAGACAGCACUCGACCCGAUCGAAUCUGGCCGAUCUACCCUCGACCGUCUGAAGGUUUGUUAA